ACUUGAGUCCCGCCCCACUAGUCUGUUCCAUCUUGUAUUUAGCAAAGAACAAAAAAAGCCCGACCUCGGUAUGGGGCGCAUAUAUUAAGUCCGAUUUUAAGAGUAUAUUUCAAAAAAACGUGAGGUGUAACGGGACAGCAUGCUUGGAAGUGGGGCACCGCAGAGAAACCACAGCCACACCCCGGAGAACAGCUAAUGUUAACGUUAGCUUCCAAGCUAUCGAAGCUAAGCUAGCUAAUUAGCUACGGCUAGUAUCAUAGGAGAGGACAAGGCAAGCUCCUAUUUGAACCAGCUAAACUAGCGGUGUUAUUUAGAGACCGUUAAUGAAAUUCACCGUCGGGACUUCUGUGAAAAUGGAGCAACAUUUGUGUUGAUUGUCUGCAGAGAGGAAAAGACCCGGGCUAUGAGGAUAGAGGCUCGCUAGCCCGCUCCUACCAGUUAUUUUUCGUUCCGGAGAGGAACCACAAUAAGCCGCGGCCCUGGCCAUGCCCUCAGGUGCACGGGCGGGCAAUAUAAAAGACCCCGAAGUGGCAGACCUCUUCUGCAAAGAUGAUCCGGAGAAGCUGUUCGCUGACCUCCGUGAGAUCGGCCAUGGCAGCUUCGGAGCCGUUUACUUUGCCCGAGAUGUGCGCAACAGUGAAGUGGUGGCCAUUAAGAAAAUGUCGUACAGCGGCAAGCAGACAAACGAGAAAUGGCAGGACAUCAUUAAAGAGGUGAAGUUCCUGCAGAAACUUCGCCACCCGAACACCAUCGAGUACCGGGGCUGUUACCUGAAGGAGCACACAGCAUGGCUGGUGAUGGAGUACUGCCUCGGCUCGGCCUCAGACCUCCUCGAAGUUCACAAAAAGCCGCUCCAGGAAAUGGAAAUAGCUGCUAUUACCCAUGGUGCACUGCAGGGAUUAGCAUAUCUUCACUCGCACAACAUGAUUCACAGGGAUGUGAAAGCGGGGAACAUCCUGCUGACGGAGCCCGGACAGGUCAAACUGGGGGACUUUGGUUCUGCUUCCAUCGUGGCGCCUGCCAACUCCUUCGUAGGGACUCCCUACUGGAUGGCUCCAGAGGUGAUCUUGGCCAUGGAUGAAGGGCAAUAUGAUGGCAAAGUGGACGUGUGGUCGCUGGGCAUCACCUCCAUUGAACUGGCGGAGAGGAAGCCCCCGCUGUUCAACAUGAAUGCUAUGAGUGCCUUAUAUCACAUCGCUCAGAAUGAAAGUCCCAUCCUGCAGUCCAAUCACUGGUCUGAUUCCUUCCGCAACUUUGUUGACUCUUGCCUACAGAAGAUUCCCCAGGACCGGCCUACCUCUGACGUGCUGCUGAAUCAUCGCUUCUUGUGUCGUGAGCGUCCGAUGACUGUGGUCAUGGACCUGAUCGCACGCACCAAGGAUGCAGUGAGAGAGCUGGACAACCUGCAGUACCGCAAGAUGAAGAAGAUCCUCUUCCACGAGACCCAGCAGAACGGCCCCGUUUCUGAGGGAGGGGACGACGAGGAGGAGGUGGAGCAGUACCUGCUGCGGACGGGCACAGUGAACAGCAUGGAGAGCUCCCAGUCGGUGCCCAGCAUGUCCAUCUCAGCCAGCUCUCAGAGCAGCUCCGUCAACAGUCUGGCCGACGCCUCGGACGACAGCAGCAACGAGAUGGCCAUGAUGCAGGAGGGCGAGCACACCGUCACCUCCAACAGCUCCAUCAUCCACAGACCCACGGGUCAGGAUAACAUCUACGAUGACCCCUACCAGCCGGAGAUGGACCAGCCCCAGGUUCCCUCAGCCGGACGCCGCCGAGCCUACUACCGCAACCGGGACCACUUCGCCACCAUCAGGACCGCCUCCUUGGUGACCCGUCAGAUCCAGGAACACGAGCAGGGCUCUGCGCUCAGAGAGCAGAUGUCCGGCUACAAGCGCAUGAGGCGGCAGCACCAGAAGCAGCUGAUGGGGAUGGAGAACAAGCUGAAGGCGGAGAUGGACGAGCACCAGCUGAAGCUGGACAAAGAGCUGGAGAACCAGAGGAACAGCUUCUCCACCGAGGCCGACAAGCUGUCCAAGAAGCACCAGGCCAUCCUGGAGAAAGAGACUAAAGCAGCUCUGGCUGAAGAGAAGAAGUUCCAGCAGCACAUCCUGGGCCAGCAGAAGAAAGAGCUGACCAGUUUACUGGAGUCACAGAAACGGCAGUACCGCCAGCGCAAGGACCAGCUGAAAGAGGAGCUGAAUGAGAACCAGUCGACUCCGAAGCGGGAGAAGCAGGAGUGGCUGAUCCGUCAGAAGGAGUGUCUGCAGCAGAUGCAGGCGGAGGAGGAGGCCAGCCUGCUGCGGAGGCAGCGGCAGUACUACGAGCUGCAGUGCCGCCAGUACAAGAGGAAGAUGCUGCUCGCUCGCCACAACCUGGAGCAGGACCUGCUGAGAGAGGACCUGAACAAGAAGCAGACCCAGAAGGAUCUGGAGUGUGCCAUGCUGCUGCGGCACCACGAGUCCACCCAGGAGCUGGAGUUCAGGCAGCUGGGCUCGGUGCAGCGGACCCGGGCCGACCUGAUCCGCACACAGCACCAGACGGAGCUCACCAACCAGAUGGAGUACAACAAGCGGCGCGAGCAGGAGCUGCGGCAGAAACACACCGUAGAGGUCCGGCAGCAGCCUAAGAGCCUCAAGACCAAAGAGCUCCAGAUCAAGCGUCAGUUCCAGGAAACCUGUAAGAUCCAGACCCGGCAGUACAAGGCGCUGAGGAACCACCUGCUGGAGAGCACUCCCAAAUCCGACCACAAGGCCGUCCUUAAACGCCUCAAAGAGGAGCAAACACGUAAGCUGGCCAUCCUGGCCGAGCAGUACGACCACUCCAUCAACGACAUGCUGUCCACACAGGCUGUGAGUAAGCUGCGCCUGGAUGAGACGCAGGAGGCGGAGUACCAGGUGCUGAGGAUGCAGCUGCAGCAGGAGCUGGAGCUGCUGAACGCCUACCAGAGCAAGAUCAAGAUCCACACGGACACGCAGCACGAGAGGGAGGUCAAGGACCUGGAGCAGAGGGUGUCCAUCCGCAGAGCGCUGCUCGAGCAACGGAUCGAGGAGGAGAUGCUGUCCCUGCAGAACGAGCGCUCGGAGCGGAUCCGGACUCUGCUGGAGCGGCAGGCGCACGAGAUCGAGGCGUUUGACUCGGAGAGCAUGCGGCUGGGUUUCAGCAACAUGGCGCUCAGCGGGAUCCCUGCCGAGGCCUACAACCAGGGCUACCCCACCCCCAGCCCCUCCUCGGGCUCCAGCGGCUGGCCCUCGCGGCCCGUCCCGCGCUCCGGCAGCCACUGGAGCCACAGCGUGCAGAACUCGGUGUCCACGCCCUCCUGGCGCAGUCAGAACCACGGCGGGGGGGCCUUCAGCCGCGCAGAGUCCGUCGCCUCGUCACACGGCCUCGGCAGGGACAGUGAGAUGUACAAGAGCGGCAGCCGGGGUCACUCCUCCUCGUCCUCCUCUACCUCCCACCCCUCCCAUCACCCCUCCCACCACCACCACCAUCACCACCAGCAGCAGCAGCAGUUGCUGCUGCUGCAGCAGCAGCAACUGCAACAACAACAACAACAACAACAACAGCAGCAGCAGCAGCAACAACAACAGCAGCAGCAGCAGCACUACCUCCCCCAGCACUACCAGCACCACCAGAGCACGCCGCAGCUGUACCGCGACCCCCAUGAGAGCAGGGAGCGCGAGCGGCCCCGGGAGUGGGGGGGAGGAGCCAGCAGCCACUACCCGCACCACUCCCAGGGACACCACCACCACCACCACCUCGCCUCCCACGCCUCCUCCCAGUCUCUGGCUCUGCUGCCUCCCCCACCACCGCCUCCUCCAAUUUCCCUGUCUUCCUCCUCUCCUCCGUCCUCCGCCUCGUCCUCUUCGUCGUCACAGGGAGGAUACGGCGGUGGCGGCGGCCUGAGCAUCAGGGGCCCGGGCCUCAUGGCGCUCAGGAACAGCCCCCAGCCCCUGAGGAGGACGGCGUCCGGAGGGCCGGGGGGAGGCGGGGGGAGCGACGGCGGGCUCAGCCGGAGCACGUCAGUCACUUCUCACAUUUCUAACGGCUCCCACCUCUCUUACUCCUGAUUCUCUGAUCUGAGCUCUGCUUCUUUUUACAAGAGAGCUUUAGGUUUUUGACAUAUUUGAAGAUGCUUCUUAGAGCUGGAGCAAAGUUAAUACUUAAAAAACAAACAAAUACCCCGAUUUUAAAUGUAAAUUAUUUCCUUUCCUGAUGUGUGCAGGGACUUAAAAGUGUUCCUGAUGCACAAAGAGAGGACGCCUUUUUUUAUUUAGUCACUACACAAGUAUUAAAAUCACUGCUAACCUCUUCCAAACAUUAUUAAAGAGUUGCACAGGAGGUGUCGGAACUAUACAAACCCAACAAAUGAAACACAACGUCCACAUGUGAAAAUUGAGCCAUGUGCCGCAAAAUGAACAAGACAAAGUUUAUCUAAAAAAACAGACCAGAAUUUGUGCAUGUGUUCAUUGUGCGCCACAUUGAAUCUGUUGCACGGUAACGGUUGAGCUGCAGGGAGCGGGUUUAAAGUCUAGCAGGUCUAAAUUCUGGUUUUCAGGCGACUGUUGUGGAGCUUCCACUUGGCUCGCUGUGCUUUAAAAACCACUGUAACUAUGUAAAUAACGGUAAAUUGUAAACCAAGUUUUUUUCUUUUCUUUUUUUUUAAAGCGAGGCGGGCGGAGGGGAGGGGUCGACCAAGGGAAAACACAUUUCUUUUUAUUUGUAGUGAUAAAUAAGGUUCUGUAAAUGACAAUUUAAAGAAACACUGCCACCUGUUUGUUGGGCUGACCCAGGACAACUCUACCACUGCCCUUAAGUCCCCUUAAAGGGGCGGUCUGCCUGUUUGGGAACUUUGGCAGGUUUUUAUCGCGUAUAAGGGACAUUGUAGGUAUAUAGAAAUGACAGAAAUUACCCUUACCCGGGAGGGAAGGGGAAUAACAUUCUGAAAUCAUUUAGAAUUUACAAGAUUUAAGUGUUAAGUGUGAAAAAAAACUCAUCAAUGUACAAGAAAAAAAGUCGUCAUUUUACUGGAUAAAAGUCAAAUUUAUGAGAAAAACUACUAUCUUUUAAGUAGUUAAUUUACAGAAUAAAUUCUCUGCGAUUAUAGUCUUACAUUUACCAUAUAAAUAGUUCAAAAUGUAAGAAAAAAAAACAGAUUCAUAUAAAAUUGACAAUAAACAUUUGGAUACUCAGAUUUAUUUUACUUCAAUUAGGCUUUUUCAGUGCACAUUAAUGUCUACAAACCAAGACAAUUACUUGAUUUUUAAACCAAUUUUUUAAAUUAUAAUUAUACCACUUACACAAUCAUUUACAUUUUAAAAAGCAAAUCAUAAAAUGUCUGCUCCUUUUAAAGGGACGUUGCCAGAGUAUUUUUGAGUGAGCCAAGCACUAAAUCUGCGAUCUUUGCUGAAAGAGAGAGUGUGUGUGUGUGUGUGUGUGUGUGUGUGUGUGUGUGUGUGUGUGUGUGUGUGUGUGUGUGUGUGUGUGUGUGUGUGUGUGUGUGUGUGUGUGUGUGUGUGUGUGUGUGUGUGUGUGUGUGUGUGUGUGUGUGUGUGUGUGUGUGUGUGUGUGUGUGUGUGUGUGUGUGUGUGUGUGUGUGUGUGUGUGUGUGUGUGUGUGUGUCCUCCACCUGUUGUUUCCCCCUUCUUCACAGUCUGCUCUGCAUCUGUAGAUAGAUGUACAUGUUGCAUUACAAAUAAAUGAGUUACAGUUACAGUGCAUGGAUCUUGUGUACAGACGCCAUUUGUAUGGAUAACAUGCACACUACCUAUUUAUAUAAAUGCGUAUAAAUAAAUGUAAGAUACCUGUAAAUGUAGCAGGUAUAUGCUGAAGAUUGUUCACUGUCCAAACACUUUGACUUGCAUUGUACUUAGCAGUGUACAUAAAGCACUAACUGAGACUGUGUUAGAGUAAUAAUAAUGAUGUACGUGUUGUUUUAGACAAAUAGACGCUAUCAUUAUUAUUACCUCUACUGCAGCUGUAAUAUUUAUGUUGUAUGCUCAUUUUUAACCACUAGGUGGGGAAAUAAGCGCAAUUUUACUGUGAUAGAGCUAUAAAAAAAAGAAAAAAUAUUAAUGUUUCUAAGGACUACCUUUCCCAGCAUUCCUUUGGGCAGGCCUGAAUUUCAAUUUUGACCUUUUAUUUUUUUGAGCCAGUAUUAAAGUGUGGAACGUCCACAGUGGAGCCGAGUCAUUUUCAUCAUUUUCAGACUAUUUCAUGACGUUUGGUGCCAUGUUUUUUAUUUCUAUUCUUUUCCAGCUCAUAAAACACUGUAACCUGAAAAAUAUUUCGCCACAAAGUGUUCAAUAUUUAGUAAUAUAAAUACACAUUAUGACAUGAAAGGUAAUAUGAAAAUACACUGUGUCAAAUAUAUAUAUAUUAAGUUCUCCAGUUUGUGGAGAAAAUGUUUACACUUAUCUCAUUAUCUUAAGUGUUAUUUUAUUAAUAUGACAAGUAAUGAGUUUAGUUUAAAUAAGAACAUUCACAAAUAUUUGUUAAUUUCUUUAUAUUUUACAUCAAAGAUAACAGUUUUAUCAGAUAUUACUUUAAUGUCCUAUACAAAAAAUGUUUGCGUAUAAAAUAUAUAAAGAAUUAUUAUGACUGAUAAUGACUUGUUGUGCUAUAGUUGCUUAUUGAUCAGAUAUUGAACACUUUGUGGAGCUUUAUUUGCAGGACUUUUCUGGAUAAACAGCUCAUCAUUUGGUUUUGCACGGCGUGAAUGGGUAGAAAAAUCAUCGGGUCACUUCCUGCAGCGGCAGGAACUAAAUCAGCGGACUUCCUGCCAACAUGGCGUCUGCAGGAGGCCGGCCUCAGUGUGAUCUGAUGCUGUCUGUCGCUGUCACGUCUACCUCAUUUGCACUGAUAGUAAAAGAAUGUUUGGGCGGACUUCAAAUAAUACUUUUUUUUUUUUUUUUAAUGCAGACUUUGUAUCAUUGCUUAAAUAUUUCAGUUCCUGUAUGUGUGCAACUGUUAGACAGGAAAUGCAGAAGGAGGGGUUGGAAAACAGAGUGGAAGCUGGGAAAUGUUUCUAAAUGUCAUCUUUACAAGCUGGACUUUUAACACUAAAAGAUGUUCAGGUGGAGAAAACAAACUCACCCCACAUGUUGUGCUGAUCUGUUUGAUGGAGAUGACUCCCUCAAAAAAAAAAAAACCUCAAGGAAAUGUUUGUGAGAUUUCAUUUUGCCAACUUUUAUUUUAGUUUUUUAAAUGCAUUGUUUUGUAAAGAUGCUUAUCAUUCCGGAGAUGCUUUUAUGUUUAAUGCUGCACUCAGAAUGCAUCUCCUGCAGAGAGGUCAAUUCUUCCUGUUUCUAUUGUUGAGUUCACUGACAUCAGGAUUUCUGUGUUUUCAUCUCCUCCAAAUGAAAGGAACAUUUUGGGAAAUGUGCAGGUUUGCUGUCAGAUCAGUCAUUAUUUUCAUAAUGUCAAUGUAUUUGACAAAAGAAAACAAUGAAAUGUUAAAAUGUCUUGUUUUGUCCGAACAGAAGUCCAAAAGCUCUAAAUAUUAGGAUUAAAAGAUGUAAAUUCAACUGUUUUUAAAAUGGGAAGACACUGCUAGUUCCAGACUGAUGGCAAACAAGCACAUUUCCCAUAAUGCCGUGGUGUUAUUCCUUUAAUUCAUCAAUAGUUUUACUUCAUUUUUCAUGUGGUUCUAUAUUUUUCCUGAUGCAGUUGUAUAUGUUUCUGUGGGACAAAGUCGCCUCCUCCACAGGAAACCCCUUCCUCCCCCUGUUUGUGGCCUGCAGGAAGAUAACUGACAGGAAGGAUGAAGAUGAUGAACAUGAGUCUGAUGGAUGUGUGAUGGAUGGAUUUCAAUCUGGUUUUUACAGCUGGAGGUCGAGUUUACCAUGUUCAGGUUCAAAAUGUUGAGACAUUAGUUGUACAGAAACGUAACGGAAAAUACUUUUGGAGAAAUAAAUGAACAAAAACAGAA